UAUCCGCGGAGCCGCGCGGGUUCGUGCGCGGCCAGCGGGGCUCAGCCCGUCCGCUGGAAUUGAGGAGCAUUCAUUGAAUCUGCGGCUUUCAUGACGUCUCUCUGCGUGGCCCAUCACUUUUCUCCCAGCCGGGAUUUUUUUUUUUUUUUUCCGCCACUCUUGCUUUUUUCAAACCCUUCCCUCCACCGGUCUGCCGCCCGCGUCCCUGUCCGACGCACACCCCUCCGCCCCUCCUGUGACCCCGCGCCCAGCCCUCCUCUCCGUUCGCGGCCAGAGGGAGCCAGUUCGCAGACGGCCGCACCUGGCCGGAGAGGUUGGGCGGGUGGAGGGCUGGGUGCACCGCCAGGAGAAUGGAGACUCCUAACAGCCUCCCGGGGCUGAUGUGAAAUUUGACCAUCUGAUUCCAGCUUGUCUUUCCUUUUCUUUUUUUAUUUUCUCCCCUCACCAUCCAUCGUGUACUCAAUUAUCAAAUCUUGCUCCGUUCCAAGAGGAGAUCAUGAUUGAGUGAAACCACCCUGUCCGCAGCAAGAAAAAGCACAAAGAAGAAACCGCAGCAAUGGCCAGGUUGACAGAAUCCAUGACUAAUGUCCUGGAGGGCGACUCCAUGGAUCAGGAUGUUGAGAGCCCUGUGGCCAUUCACCAGCCAAAGUUGCCUAAGCAGGCCAGGGAUGACCUGCCAAGACACAUCAGCCGAGACCGGACCAAAAGGAAAAUCCAGAGGUACGUGCGGAAAGAUGGGAAAUGCAACGUCCACCAUGGCAAUGUGAGGGAGACCUACCGCUACCUGACGGAUAUCUUCACCACCUUAGUAGAUCUCAAGUGGAGAUUCAACCUGUUGAUUUUUGUCAUGGUUUACACAGUGACUUGGCUCUUUUUUGGGAUGAUCUGGUGGCUAAUCGCAUACAUCCGAGGAGAUAUGGACCACAUAGAGGACCCUUCAUGGACUCCCUGUGUCACCAACCUCAACGGGUUCGUCUCUGCUUUUUUAUUCUCAAUAGAGACAGAAACCACCAUCGGUUAUGGCUACCGGGUCAUCACGGACAAGUGCCCAGAGGGAAUUAUUCUUCUCUUAAUCCAGUCUGUGCUGGGAUCCAUUGUCAAUGCAUUCAUGGUGGGAUGCAUGUUUGUAAAAAUAUCACAACCCAAGAAGAGGGCAGAGACCCUGGUUUUUUCCACCCAUGCAGUGAUCUCCAUGAGGGAUGGGAAACUAUGCCUGAUGUUCCGAGUAGGGGAUCUCAGGAAUUCCCACAUUGUUGAAGCUUCCAUCCGAGCCAAGUUGAUCAAGUCCAAACAGACCUCAGAGGGUGAGUUCAUCCCCUUGAACCAGACAGAUAUCAAUGUAGGGUAUUACACCGGGGAUGACCGUCUGUUUCUGGUAUCACCACUCAUCAUCAGCCACGAAAUUAACCAACAGAGUCCUUUCUGGGAGAUCUCCAAAGCCCAGCUGCCCAAAGAGGAAUUGGAAAUUGUGGUCAUCCUUGAAGGAAUGGUGGAAGCUACAGGGAUGACGUGCCAGGCUCGGAGUUCCUACAUCACGAGUGAGAUCCUGUGGGGUUACCGGUUCACACCUGUCCUGACGCUGGAAGACGGGUUCUAUGAGGUCGACUACAACAGUUUCCAUGAGACCUAUGAGACCAGCACCCCAUCCCUCAGUGCCAAAGAGCUGGCUGAGCUAGCCAGCAGGGCGGAGCUGCCCCUGAGUUGGUCUGUGUCCAGCAAACUCAACCAACAUGCAGAACUGGAGACCGAGGAAGAAGAAAAGAACCUCGAGGAACAAACAGAAAGGAAUGGUGAUGUGGCAAACCUAGAGAACGAAUCCAAAGUUUAGUCUCCUAGCUGGGCAGCUCCUUCUCCUCUCCCCUCGCACAACCUUUUCUUGUCUCUCAUUCUCUUUCUUUUUUGUCUCUCUUACUUGGUUGUUUAUUUAUUUACAUUUAAUUUUGACAUUAUCAGAAAACAAAUCUUCAAGGUGUAAAAUAUCUACCUGCCCUCUCUCAGUUAUUCAGAUUGAUAAGGUAGACGUGGAUUUGGUUAAGGUGCAACGUGCCCUCAUUUGUGGCCCAAGCUUGCUCUCUUCCCGAAAUACAACACAUCCGACUCCUAGGGAUUUAAGCUACUUACCUGCAUGUCUUGUACAAUACCAGAUCACUCAAAGAGUGUGUCAAAGAUUUUACCUGGGAUGUGACAAGUUAGGUCUUUGGUGCCUAUUUAUUCAUGCAGCAGUGAGACAUAGCAUAUAACCCUCAGUUUUAUAGAUUCAAAUAAAUUUCAUCUACAGGGUGAGGUGCUUGACCCAUACAGGCAUUGCAGUUAUAGGACCCAGGUCAGGUAAAGACAAAACACUGUACAUAUAUAUGCCUUAUAUAAUUACUUUCUUUUCGCAGUUAGUAAUAAAGCCCAGCAUGUACAAAAGUACUGUAGAACUUCUAAAUAAUGUACAUAAAUGUAUAAUUAUUGUAGGUUUAGAUACAUAACUUUAGAAAUAAGAUGCAAAAAAAAAAAAAAAAAAAAAGAUUCCCAGUGUACAGUAGGCAUUUCUGUUCUGAUGUCUUUGCUUCCUUAAUUUCUUUGGUCCCAUUGACCUCUGGCCCUUAGUGCAUGGCCCUCGUUCCGUGUCCCAGACUGGUAGUGUUUGGGUACCUCACUGCUCCCUUGCUGAUUCCUUCAUUGAAUCUAAUAAGCCAUAGGUCUGGGGGAAGUUAGGAGGUCUAGUACAUGGCAAAACCCACCACCAUUAUGCUGAUAUACUGUGAAAUGUUUACAAAACUGAGGUCUCUUUUUUUGGUAACAGGAGCCUCACUGACUAGCCUGGGGGGAUAUUCCAGGGGGAAGACACCCUCUGGCAUGUCACCAAUGAUGUGCUUUAUGCUUUUCCCAUGAGCUGCCACCCCUUGCAGUACAAGAGUUUGGGAAACUCUUCUACAAAACCAUGGAUUCUCCAGCUGUUCCACUCUAUAAUCGUGAGAAACUAGAGACUUAAAAAAAUGAGACAUGGUAAUUUAGCAGAAGAUGGUUUGGGUCUAAAGCCAUGACAUUCAUGAAGGCAUGUGGUAGGAGACAUGUAUUGUAAUCAUUCACCUUACAAACUUUGAAUCCAUCCGGCUCUCUUCCCGUCCCUGCCAGCUUAUCCAUCAGCAUUUCCUGCAUUUGUAUUUAUUACUAUUCUUAUUCUUCUAUUAUUAUGAAAUGACCAGAGUUCAGUAGUAAAGAUUAGAUCAACAAUCUAGGUGACUAUGAAAUCUUUCUAGAGAGUGCCACGGGUGGAAAAUCAAAUCCAAAAUGUCUCCCAAUCAGAAGAAAACAAGCAAAAAACUGCAGCCUUAAUUCGUUUUAAUCUGCAAAGAUAAAAGGAGAGAGAUUAAGAGAGAAAGAGAAGGAAAGAAGGCAUUUUGUACUAAAACUCUAAAUUCAAGAUGAAAAAAAUUCAAAUAAAAAGAUAAAUGGAAUAGAAUGUCAGACAAAAUCUCAAGGGCAGGUGGAAAUUUUGCACUGUAACAGAUCUUUCACAUUAAUUUCACAAUUUUAAACUAUUUGUUCCCUAAAACAGUCGCCCAUCAUAAAUAUUCAUCGACCAAACUCAAGUUCCUUUUCAGCUGCUACGGCUGUGCUCAGUUUGAGGCUUUGUGCCAUGAAGGUCGAAGAACUCAAACUAGCUAUCACUCACUCCCUGUUGCCCCUGACUUCCUUGAUCAGAUCGCGCAGGCCUUCUUUGUAGGUUGGGGAUCUUAUCUACUAAAAAGCAUGCCCCAGAUGUAAGGAAUGUGGCUCAUCAGUUUAACACAGGGGGUCUCUCUUCUCCCACUUCUGAGACCUCACAUCAGGACACCUGCUUCUUGGCACUUGGACUUAAUUGGAAAUGAAACUGUUGGCCAUAGCCCUUUCCUGUUUGCCAACAUUUCACAUUUUGCAUUGAAUAUCUGUUGAAUCAUUUAUUCAUUCCACACAAUCCAAGGAGGAGGUUGUAGUCGAGGAGGAAGAGGGAGCCCCAUACACUUCCUACCAGGCUGUGGGGAGGUACUGUGGCCUUACCUCGCUGUAGCCUUAUGAAAGGCGCCCUUGACUUGGGGGUGCUAACCCUGCAACAUCCCCAGACUUGCAAGGCAAAGCAUGGUAGCACAAAGAAAGAUGAAGCACGGGCUGCAAAAAGUCUGCUAAUUUAGCUCUUGGCGACUCAGUGGGCCUUUUUUAAAUCCAUUACUAAGGCUCAAAGGACAACACACAUCCUGUUGUCUGGUUGGAAUAGUAGUUCGGGGCCCUCUAGCACAACUAGACAAAGAGCCUUGACAACCCUUUGGUCAUGCACACGUGUUAGUUCUCUAUCUGUGACAGGGCACCCCAGGGGUGAGGUCUCGCCCUAUUUCUCAUUGUCUUUGGCGUCAAUGUAGUUGGAGACAGAACAUGAACCAAAUCUCGUUUUUGUAAUGUGAGCCUCUGAAUCUUUAAAUAAGGAUGCUCCCGAAGAACCUUUUACUAGAAUGUCCCUAUCAAACAUGUCUAUUUUUCUACAAUUAUUGAUAACACAGUUUAACAGUGUAUUUUGUGUCAACUGUUAAAAUUUGGAAUUGAAAGAAGCUCAUUAAGACUGAAUUUUCUAAGCAGCAAGUAUUGAAUGGUGUUUUUCAUUAAGACUGUACAACAAAGACGAGCCCACAAUUUCUACUCGUUCUACUCCAUCCUAUCGAGUCCCCAUUCACACAGUCACUUUGUUAGGAAAUCAAGUGCUAUGAAAAUAAGUCAGCCUAUUGGAAUGCAACAAUAUCCAUAACUAAUGAGGAUCACUCUCAACUUGAUAUUUUGGUCUGUUAGUUUGGUGUGUUUGAGUCACCUUCCAUAAAAGCAUGGUGGGAUCUGAUAGCCAGAUAAGAAUUUUGAACCAUAGAGUUACGGUUUGCCACAGUUGACCCCAAUCUGGAGAAAAGGGCAGACUCAGCUGGAAGCACGACCUCCCCAAGGGCUGAUGAGACCCUCAGAUUCUCACUUCCAUUCACCCCAAUAUGCUUUCCAACUGGAAAACCAAUUUGUUUAUGAGUCAACUUUAUGUAACUAAUAAAAUUAUUUAUGUUUUUGGCUGUUCCCUUGGCAAAUGAUACUCUUUUGAAUGAACAUAUUUACAAUCACUGCACUGCUAGGUCUUCGCUUAUCCAUUUCCUCGUAACAUGGUAUUCCAGCCUGUUCACCCAACAUUCAGCCACUCCAUGUCCAUGAGCAGGAAAUCCCUCUUCCCCCACUCCCUUCCACUGUCUGUCUCUCUUUUGUGCUGUUUGUAGUUCCCCAGGGCCGGGUCCAUUGACUUAGUUCAAUAUCUUACGUUCUCUAACAACAAUCUAGCUGUUGUCUCUAAAAAUGUCCACCUAUUUCUUAAGCACAAUUUUCUCUUGCAGGUUUAACCAAACUAGGGCUCUGAAAUGUCUAUUUCUCAUUGUACUAUGAUUAAAAAAUUAUUUGCGACUUCAUUCAAAAGCCUAAAUUUUGAAGUCUCAAGAGCAACAUCCUUAUGCUUUCCCCUCCCUACUUUUUCUUACAUUUCAGGUUUCUUACUUUUUCCUCCUUUGCUUUUUAAUUUAGAUUUAAGCCAAUGUCUUUGGGAUGUUCAGAAUCUGUUUAGAAAGGUGGGAGCUGGUGGACAGAGAGAUUAUAAAAAUGCCAUUAGAAAACUACUUGAACUCACCCAAAUAAUGUGAAGUCAUUUGAUUAGCUGAGUAAUUCAAGAUUAAAAAAAGAAUCAAAAUAUUCAUAGUUAUCUCCAAAUAGCUUGCUAGUAGUCUGGACUAGUUUUCAGUCUUUCUUUCCUUUACUUGGAUAAUAUUCCAUGUGAGUCAGAAAAGUCAAAAGAGUAGUUGGAAAUUAAACACCUUACAUAAAUGGGAAAGAGUAUCUUCUAUGAUUUCCUUUCAAUGGAUGGCUACAAAGUUGAAAAACAUAGUUAGUAUAUGCAUAAUAGAUGAUUCAUUGAUAUUGUAUUACAAUAUAGUAAAAUCAUAUUAUCUUAUUUUUAGAUUUUAUGGUCAACCUAUUUAAGGAAAUGUAAUCCUUUCAUUUAAAAUGGAGUAAUACAUACCUCUUCCUAAUAUUUCUGCAGCUAAUGUCUCAGAGAAUUUCUGAUGCAGUCAUCUAGAAGUCAAAAGCCUGUAAGGCUUUGAAGAAAUUUUGACAAAGCACAAUAUCAGUACACAAUACAUUAACAAAACAAUAUUACAUUCUACAUUGAGCUGUGUUUGGGAACAUUCAGGGCACUUGCAUAAAUUAUGUCAUUUAAUUCUUAUCUACCGUGAGAGCUUGUGUAUUACAAUUUACAUUUUAUAAAAAGAAAACUAAGGUUUGGGAAAACUGAGGAACUUCCCCAAGGUUACAAGUCUAGUAAUAAGAGAUCCCAGUCUCAAAUCCAGGGCCAAGUCUUAAGCCAUGGUCUCUUAUUUACUACAGAAAGGGUUGGCAAACCAAAUCUACUCCAGCCCACUGACUGUUUUUACACCACUUGUGAGCAAAGAAUCACUUUUACAUUUUUAAGCAGUUGGGGGGAAAAGACAAAAGAAUAUUUAUGACAUGUGAAAAUUAUAUGAAAUUCCAAUUCCAUUGCCCAUAAAUAAAAUUUUAUCAGAAUACAGCCACACCCAUUCAUGUAUUGCCUAUGACUGCUUUCACGCUGCACUAGCAGACUUGAGUAUUUAAGACAGAGACCAUAUGGCCAGAAGACUGAAAUAUCACUAUCUGGCCAUUUACAGGAAAAGUUUGCUAACCCUUAUACUAGGCUAUUAAGUAGUGUUCAUGUAUUAAGUAUUACAAAUUAUUAAAUGUUGUACUGCGGACAUCUUAGAAUGAUGACACUCUUUUCCAAUAUAAAUGCAUUGCGGUCACUCACAAAUCUGUUCCAAGAAAAAAUAUCACAGUCAUAUAGUCAGGUAUCAAAGGAAGUCUCCUUCUUUUUCAUAACCAUGCCCCCAAAGUGCUAAAUAAAUAACCAGCCAAGACUGAGCAGGCAACUCAGAAAGUGAUAAAGUAACACAACUCCUUAAUGAACAAAAGAAGAAAUGGGAAUCCCCAGUCCAGUGACUCAAACACUGUGUCGUUAGAACCUAUAGGUGUUUAAAUAAGUAGAUAGUUGAGACACAUGUCUCCAACCAGGGGGUGAACUGGAUUUUCAGUGGUUGCUACACAUCAAUCCAGCUUGACCUCCCUAAAUUGUCUUCUCUCUUAUGCCCCCUUGGACUAUGGAGCUGUGCCUGGGUCUUCUUGCUAGUUCUCUCUAGCCUGCAAUGGAUCAACGUGAUAAAGAUGAACCGAUGGCUCAUAUCCAGCUAUUCUAGUUCUGGCUCUCUCCAGCAACUUGGCCAAAAGUUUAACAUGAGGAUUAAGAACUAAAUGCUUCUCUUGGAAAAACCAAGAAGUUCUUUGAAAAGAGCUCAGGGAGAAACAGAGUAGUAAAGGGUUGCCAGAGUGUUUGUCACUUCUGAAUCUGAAGCAUGAGAUAAAGAUUGGUAAUUGCAGAAAUAUUUAAUCCAAGAAAUCCAGACAAUGGAGGUUUUAGACAAUAUUAAGGGACAUUCUUUAGUAUCACUAAGCUGACCUCACUGGUGUUCCAAGAAAGCGUUUCCACCACCAGACAUAGGUCAGACAAGGGAGGUUCUUUAUCUCUUUAGUUCUAUUGGAAAAAAUAUAUAUCAGGUUCUCUUAUGAGUGCUUUCCUGGAAAUUAGGUGGGGGAAAAAUUCUGUCGCAAAUCAUUGUGAUUUACUACUGAAAGAUAAAUGAUGGAAACUGAGAUAAAUUUGGUCCUGUGUCUAAAUCUUAAUAGUAAUAAUAUUUGCAGUAUAGAUGAUGCAAAAAGCUCAUGACCCUGGCAACUGCAUGGAGCAGCAUAAUAGCUAAGUGAGGGGGAAAAAAGAAAUUUUCAAAGUUCAACACUAUAAAACUGAAAUAAAUGUAAAAGAAGUCAAACUUUUACUUGGCCUCAUUGCCUUGGUAAAAGAAAGCUUGAUGCAUCCACCUGAUUCAAAUAGGAGAGUCCUAAGAAGGAAACAAGGACAAAAUACUUUGAGAAAUGCAAAAAUAGCUCACUGAGAUGGGUCAACAUGAUUAACUGAUGAAGAUUUAUCACCAAAGAAAAUGGUUUUUAUAAAGUUAAUUUUAGAUACUACCCUCUACUUGUGAAUCCUACUGUGCUCUGUGGUUGGUCAGAGCAUUGCGACCACAUAGGCAACAGAUCUUGAUUUCAGAGAAUGAAAUGUUCCUACAAUCAAAGGGUAAUUGACCAUUUCAAGAUUAAGACUCUGUACUCAUUGUAUUAACACUGAUCAUAAGUGCUUUGAUAACAGCCAGCCAAUCUUUAUAAGAAUAUGGAGGGCUGUUUUUCUCAGUAUAAAUAUCUACUACCAACAGGCACUAGUGAAAUAAAAAUGUAACGCAUUAUUACUUCUAAAAUUCUGAUAGAAAUUAUAAAAUAUCCGUCCAAAGGAGCAAGAAAUGCUAGGAUCCCAAGUUCAGGUCUCUAUGGUUACUAAAACCCCAGUCCAGGCUGGAUGCCUUAUGGAGUAUAUCAAUGCUGGUUCUAUCAGCACUAAACACAGCCACAGAAGGGAUUGACUAGAGCACAGGGAGAUGAGCUUCCAUCUGCUGGGCAUGAUCAGAGCCUCUGGCUCCAUGGCCACUAUUCUUAGAGAAGGAGAUGGAACACUGUUCUCAGAUCCAGUUGGUGCAUUUUCUGGCAUCAUCUCUCACCAUUAUUGCAAAUGGGAGUGGGUGUGAGCAACCCUCCCUUGGUUCAGUUUGGCAUGCCCACCUGCUACAGGCUUUCUGGAUGAGCCUCUCCCUCCAGGUCUGGUUCCUACUCACAUAGAAAAGGACACUCUCCCUCAGAAGACAAAGGGACUCUGUAUCUUUUGAGCUUGGCCAGCAUCCUUGACCCUACAGAGCAGAGCACACACCUGGAUCAGGGGUGACAACUCUCCCUAGAAGAACUGAAAUAAGACCUUCUGAAUCCCCUCUGCACGGGGUGUCCCUCCCAUACCAAAAUCAAAACCAAACAAUAGUACUCUAUAAAUGGAGUAAGUGUACAGAGUCCAAAGAGAGUUCUCUGUUUCCCAUGGUGAUUACCUGGAUGAUUUUUUUCACUUUACAUAUCUAAUUCUUCAACCUCGCGAAAUUCUCACUUAUUAAUAUCAUGAUGCUGUGAGCACAAACUCAAUUGUUUCAUCAGCCGUUCCCAACCAUCACCCCAGAUGGUCUGCCCCUAUUCCUUUUUUUAAGUAAGAGGGUCUAAUUUGUUCAAACCUACCCCUGGACCAAUCCAAAUGUUGCUCUGGCCAAGAAAUUUCACAUACCCUCUCUUAAACAAGGACAACAUUGUCAAGAGUCCCUCCUUUAUUUGCAAGCAACUCCCCAGGAUUGUAACACAUGGAGAUACAACUUAUGUUAUCCCCAGGUGCCCACAGGUUUGUCACGUCAGCACAGGUCAUCAUCCAAGCAUUCUACCCAGAUCCUCUUUCUGAAUUCCUCCCUUGGCUCACCACCAAAAGACAUCUUUCCAAGCUCCUUCCUCUGAGUUUCCACUCCAUUCUGGAGUGGUAGCCAAGAACCCGUUAUUGAGGUCAGUGCCGUCUCUUACCACCUAAUUGUCCACCAUCAAUUUUAACUGAGCACGUAAUGUGUUUACAGUCUGACCACCUGAGACCAAAAAGGUAGAAUUUUUCAUUUCUGUCCCCAUAUACACCUUGAGACCCCAUGAGUGAUGGUUGGACAUUAUGACAUCAGCCUACUAUUGAGCAGAGUGUAAAGUGAGGUCUGUGUCAAAUGGACAGCUGGACUUUUCCAGGGGAAUCUUCUUGUCUCCUGCAAUAUGCAGUUAGGCUAUCCAGCUUGCCAAAGACGAUCCUGAAUAUCCUUAUUCAGCCCAGUGGAUCAGCUUCUAAAAUGAGAGUUAUACAGGAACAACAGUGAACUCCCACACGUGUACAGAACUCUGAAAUGAUUACCUAAAUAUAUGCCUAGGUUGGCAAAGUGGUCUUUCCUCCCCCACUGUCUGCACAGACUGUGCUCUGGGGAAAAACCAAGUACCCAUGUGGUGCCUGGUUACCAGGGCCUGCAUGGCUGCUGCCAUGGCAACCUGCAGCCUAUCAGCAUAGACCUCUAUAUGGAGUCUCUGAGGAGAGCUGGCAGAGGCCCCAAGGGACUGGAGUUCCCAAAGGCUGGUCCACCUGCAGACAGACUUCAUGGAAUCCUAGAAGAUACAGGGCAGUGCCCAGGCAAACAGGUAUUCAUUCAGUGGCCAGGAGUAGACUAUUGCUAUCUCUUCUUCCUAGAAUAGUAUGCACUUGGUGCCCAAACUGCUCCUAAAAAAGCUAUUCUUUAAGCCAUCAUCACUAUCCCACAUACACCCCCACACCCAAAUCAUGUCUGUCUUUAAGAGAGAGAGAGACUCCAAAACUAAAUUUCCCAUUAUCUGGUGUAACAGAUAAGAAGUGCUGCCAUUUUAUUAAUCAUUAAAUAAGCUCUGGCUAAACAGUGUUUUAGCAAUAAGCCCAAGUAUAAAGAAAAGCAAUUUAAAAUUUUUACUUAGAAAUUUUUUUAGGAAAAACAAGAAAGAAAUUCUUUUUAGAAACCCUGAUUUCAAAUGUUCAUGUUUGCCGCCAGGAUGCAAAGUCUCCAGAAUACCCUUUCUCCAUGAACUUGUUAUUUUCCAUCUGCCUUUGAACCUGAGAACAGACUCCUUUAAAUUGGCUUGAAAGAUUAAGUAGAAUUUAGCAGUGAAACUCUCAGAGUUCAGUUCGGUCUGAACCUAUAAACCCAGGUAGGAGUAAGCUCUGCUAACCAGGAACAACUCUGCAUCAAUCCCUCUAGACGCCAACCUCAGAGAAAUUGGACAUGGAAAUUUUGCUCAAGAUGAUAGCUUGUUUUUGGAGAGAGGAUUGUAGUGUUCAAAUCUCUGAGUCAUGCCCACAGUGUGCAAAUCAGGCCAGGUCAGACUACCUGGUCUAUAGCUUGCCCAGUCCACUGGCCAUGUCCAUAGGGGGCAUUAGUGAAUAUAUAAGAAAUUUCUGUGACCUGAACACCCACACUGGAAGACUUUUCUUCCAUCUUAUUUUCCAGUAUUUUACAGCAGACAUCAACAAAACAUGUAGUUUGUUAUUCCAUGGUUCUCCUCUACUUGUUUUUUUCCUUUUCCAAAAGAAAGAAGGCUCCUCUGGCUGUUGCAUGAUACAGUGGUAGUGUUUCCAGUCCGUUGUAACUAACCUUUUAACUAACAAAUCCAACAACCCUCUCUCCCCAUACACACACACAUAUACACAAGUAUACAUGCUCGCUUUCUCUCUCUCUCACACGUGCACGUGUGCACACGCACACACACACCUCCAAAUCAGUUAUGAGUUAGUCCAUGUAAGUGAAUUUCCAGAAAACCAGUCUUAAGAAUAACAAUAAUUCUCUCCCUCAGCCAUCACAGUGGUAUUCUUUCUAAAAUGUACCAUAGGCUUUCCUGAACUCACAGGCAAUUGGUUAUAAAGCAAUCUUUUUUUUGUUUUCAUUGUUCUGUAGGAAACUUGGAUUCAGUCUGAGGUGAACAGGAUUCUGAUCCUGUUUCAUCCCCAGAUGAGUUUUCUCGUCUUCAAUCAAUCAUUGGACUUCUCAAAAAUAGUUUUCUCAUCCUUUUCUUUAACUAAUAACCUUUAUUUUUUAGCACAGUUUUAGAUUCAUAGCAAAAUUGAGUGGAAAGUACAGAGUUCUCAUACAAUCCCCUGACCCCACACAUUCACAAUCUCCCCAAUUAUCAACAUCCUGCACCAGAGUUGUACACUUGUUAGAACUGGUGGACCUACACUGACUCAGCAUUAUCACCCAAAGUCCAUAAUUUACAUUAGGUUUCACUCCUGGUAUUGUACAUUCUAGUUUUAACAACUGUAUAAGGUAUAACGACACAUAUCCACCAAUGUAGUAUCAUGCAAAACAGUUUCACUCACCUAAAAAUUCCCUGUGCUCUGCCUAUUUAUCUCUCCCUCCAACACUUGACAUGACCCUUGACAAUUAAAGAUCUUUUUACCAUCUUUAGAGUUCUGCCUUUUCCACAGUGUCAUAUAGUUGGAAUCAUACAGCAUAUAGUCUUUUAAAUUAGCUUUUUUUCACUUAGUAGUAUGCAUUUAAGAGUACUUCAUGCCUUUUUGUAGCUUGAUAGCUCAUUUUUUUAGGGCUGAAUUAUAUUUCAUUGGCUGGAUGUACCAUGGUUUAUAUUUACAUGCUGUUGGUUGCUUCCAAGCUUUGGCAAUGAUGAAUAAAGCUGCUAUAAACAUU